GGGACAGCAGGCCGGUCAGCUGUGCAGCUAUUAAAAGAGCUCAAAUCCCAAAGUACAGCUGCGGAGGGCCGGCCAGUUGUCGUGCUGCAGGAGCCGCGCUGAGGCGUCCAGCUCCUCAGACCCGACGCUGCAGCCCUCUGGGAAACGAACCUUAAGAGCUCAUAGUUACAUAGAGAAAUGAUAGUAGAGGGUGAGAUGAGAUCCAAUGUGUCAGAGACGGACAGCCCUGCAGAGAUGGACCCUACAUGGACCGCCACCAUCCUGGUGGUUCCCUGCGUGGUGGUGCUGACCGCUGGAUGUUUCUACCUCUAUGGCGCCAUUAUCAGCCUGCUGUCUAAAACAUCCGUGCGCAAUAAGGUGGUGGUAAUAACGGAUGCUUUGUCUGGGCUGGGAAAAGAGUGCGCAGGUGUUUUCCACAGAGGAGGAGCCAGGAUGAUCCUCUGUGGGAAAAGCUGGGAGAAGCUGGAAGAACUGGCAGAUGAACUGGAAAACGCUUCGGAUCCUACAGUAACUUUCCCUCCAAAGCUCGUGCUGCUGGACUUCGGAGACAUGGACGGCAUGGCGGAGGCGGUGGCUGAGGUUCUGGACUGCUACGGCUGCUUGGACGUCCUCAUCUUCAACAGCAGCAUGAAGGUCAAGGCUCCGGCGCAGAGUCUGUCUCUGGAGACGGACAAGCUCCUCAUGGACAACAACUACUUUGGACCCAUCACUUUGGCUAAAGGUGUGCUGCCCUCCAUGGUCUCCAGGAGGAGCGGUCACCUGCUGCUGGUCAGCAGCAUCCAGGGGAAAAUCGCCGUGCCUUUCCGCACCGCGUACGCAGCUUCCAAACAUGCCGUCCAGGCGUUCUUCGACUGCCUGAGAGCCGAGGUGGAGGAGUUCGGCGUCUCCGUCAGCACCAUCAACCACACCUUCAUCAGCUGCUCCGCGGCGGCGCCGGCGGCCGCGACGUCCCUGCUGUGGCCCCUGCUGUUCACCAGGAAGCCAGGCGGCGUGUCUCCAGACGAGGUCGCCGCUGAGAUCGUCAGGACGCUGAACAACAAGAGGAAAGAAGUGCUAAUCGCUCCCUCGCUUCCCAAGAUGGCCAUUUAUGCCAGAUCGUUCUUCCCCAACGUUUUCUUCGCUGUGAUGGCUGCAGGCGUGAAAAACUCUGCUGCCUCUGAGAACAUGUGAAGAUCAGUGACUUUUACUGAAGGUUAUCAGUUAACCAUUUAUGGUUGAAA